CGAGAAAUUUCUUAUCGACUUUCUAGCAUUAUUAUUUGCACUUGGUCAGUUAACGAAAUUAUUUCUAUUAAUUUCAACUUUAUUAAUAUCAUUAAAGAAGUAUAAAAUGGCAAGUAUAACUUCGAAAUUUCGCCCUCUUUUCAACAACGUGUUAGUGAAGAGAUUAGAAGCUGUUAAACAAAGUAAAGGUGGUAUUAUGUUACCUGACAACGCUUCCAAAAAGAUUUUGGAAGGAACUAUUGUUGCAGUUGGACCUGGUGGUAAAAAUCAAGAAAAUGUUUUUGUGCCAAUGGAGCUCAAAGUAGGUGAUCGUGUUUUAUUACCCGAAUAUGGUGGUACCAAAGUUCAGUUGGAGGACGGCGAAUAUACCAUGUACAAGGAAUCAGAUUUAUUGGCCAAGAUAGAACAUUGCGAUACAAAUUAAUUUUUUACCUGUGACUGUAUAAUUUAGUUUUAAAUUGUGCAUUAGUAAUAUUUCUUUUCUAUAAUGUUAUUAUUUAUAUAAAUUCCUAAACAAUUAUAUUAUAUGUUACUCAGUUUGUGAAGUAAUUUUUAUUU